GCUCAUUAUAGAAAUCGGACCGUUCCUAUAUCGAAUUUUGAUCAUGAAAAUGCAUUAAUAAAUACUAACGAUGGUGGAAACUAUAAUAAUAUGAUCUCGUAUGCUCCUUACAUGAAUACAAAUCAUGUGUACGCACCUCCUUCUAACUCAUCAGUGAUAGUCAGAAAUGAGUCUUCGUACAAAAACUCAUCGAUGCCUGUGCCAGAAGCUUAUUCGUAUAAUGGUACUCCUACUAUUCUCACAGUUCCCGCUGUAAAAUUAGGUUAUAAUAAGGAAUCAAAACAAGCCAAACCAAUGCAUUACUCUAGGACAUCAUCAUCUUCGGUCAAUACUAGUCAAUCAAAAGGUCACACUUCUUCUCCGGAACCACAUCAUCCUGGGCCUCUGUUAAAUACGCAUGGUCGUUAUGCCUUAUAUCCACCUCUAACUGAUAACUCUCAAAGGGAUUUAGAUAUGCCCCCGCCCGCACAUUUGAAUGCAAUUAUAUCUAGUGCCCUUCCGAAAUUUGUUCCUGUUGCGGUGCCAGUCGAUGAUCUCCAAACAGAAGCAUUAGAUCUAGUUAUGAUAUGUAAUAAAGCUACACCUGAAACUGAUGUUCCUUUAUAUUUAAAUUCUAACUAUAAACAUACCAAACCAGAUCCUCAAGAUACCAGGAACACACAUGACGUAAAUGUUUAUGUUAAAUCAAAAAAACAUAAUUAUUUAGAAAUGUUGCCCAAUAACGAAAAUAUGAGCUCCCCACUGAUCACAUUAAGCAAUUCGACUACCACUUCGGCGAUCAUAACGACGGCACUCUCGUCGUCCAAUUCGAUAAUGGUGCCGUCUACUAGUUUAGCAAGUAAUUCAUCAAGCAAAAUAAUAACUAAUUUGAUGGCUGUCCCAACUUCUAUUCCAGCUACUAUCUCAUUGAUUGAUCCAAAUACUAUCCCAACUUCUAUUUCAUCUACUAUUUUGACGAAUAAUUUGACAAUUAUUCCAACUUCCAUUUCAAAAACGCCGUUUGCAACAUCAACGGAGAUUCCAAUAGUUACUCCUGCAUCAAUCCCAGAAAUAAUUUCGACAACCGCAUCAUCAACUAAUGUUACAACAGAAGGUUUGGUAACAACCUCUUCAAAUGUUCCAGUGACCAACUCGACUUCUUAUGAUUCUUCUCCAUCUACACCUCCCCCGGUGCUAAUGCCUGCGACUUAUACAGAAAUGUCUAGUGGAAUAAAAACUCACCAUCACAAGUUAAAGAAAGCAUGGUUACAACGUCAUGUAUGGGCUGAGGACUUGAAAGAAGCAGGCGUUAAUAUCGACCAAAAUGCAUCACAUUCUUUCUCCCAAAUGGAUGAUACUCCUCCAGUUUUACAGUGUGAAAUUACCAAAAAAAGAAAAAGUUCCAAAAGUUCAUUAGACGAUAAUAUUGAGGAAACAUCACCUCAAGAAAUGUUGCCAUGUAGUUCGCACUCAGAGCCAUCGACAUCAUCAGGUAGUGGGACCAAAAAGUAUAAAAAAAGAAAGGUUUCUAAUCCCACGAUACCUCCGGAAAAUAAAAGCACAACAGAUAAUUCUAAGGCUUUAGAAAUAGAAAAGAAAGUUCUGCCCAUUAAGAUUCCUAAAAAAAGAGGAAGAAAACCCAAAGUUGUUGUAAGUAUACCUUUGAAAAAAGGAAAAAAUAAUGAUGGUGAAGUGCGGUUUUUUCAAUCGGGCCCAUGUUUAAAUGCUGGGCCAAAGAUACAUAAAUGUCGGGAAUGUCGUAUAUUCUUAAACAAUAAGAAAAAUGAUAAAAUGACUCAAGAUGAAAUUGAUAACAUAUUUUGUCGGUUCUACGCGUUUCGUCGGUUGUUCACAAACAAAUCUGGACAACUAAUGAAUGCAGGAUUUCCUGAUCCUUUCUUGGAUAUUACUGAAGAGGAUGCAAAUCUUUGGUUACCUAACCCGAAAUGUCCACCAAGUUCAUUAAAUGUUGAAGUUGCAAAAAAAGUAUUAAUUGAGGCUGGUCGUCAAUUUUGCUAUUUAGUGAAAGAAGAAAAUAAAGCUCUUACACUGUCACCAUAUUUCCAAGGCAAACCUAUUGCAUGGAAAAAAGCAGCUAACGGCGUGAGGGAAAUGUGUGAUGUUUGUCUUACAACUAUUUUUAACUACCACUGGGCUUGCGCAAAAUGUGGUUUUGGAGUUUGCAUCGAUUGUGUAAAGGCACGUCUAAACGGCUGGUCAGAGUUGCCAAACGCCGCGACCAUGACUAAAAAGGACCUGCGAGAGAAGGACAAAUUCACGUGGAUGACUUGUAACAGCAAACAUAAUCACGACGUUGAGCGGCUCAUGCUUACACAAAUCGUAGCCAGUGACUCGAUGGACGUUGUAUUCUCUGAUUUACACAAAAUCAGUACUUUAUGGAACCUUCCAAUUGAAUGUGGUUGUCCAGGACAUCCUUUCCCUGAAGUACAGGGCGAUGCCAGUACUGAUGAUGACGAUGACGAUGUACCUUUAAUAUCACGAGCAAGCACUUCAAAUACUGAUAACUUUCAAAACAGUUCUGCUGAAAAUUCUGAAAUUAGUUCUACUGAGAACUCAAAAAAUGAAUCUGCUGAAGAUUCAAAUAACAUUCCAGUCGAGGAAUCGAAAAACAACGCUGCUGAAAACUUGGAGAACAUUACUGCUGAAAACUCUGAGAAAAAUUCUGCCAAGAGCUCUUCGGACAGCCUUGCAGAAGGAUCUAAGAGUAUGAKUCUUUCCCAAAAUGCUAUUAACAUCGAACCACAGAUUGCCGGGUGCUCAAAUGACAGACGAGCGAGUGUUCAAUCUAAUCCGAGGAGGAGAGAGCAUAUAUUAAAACACUUUGUCCGUAAGAAAAAUAAAUAUCUGAGAACCAUUCCACGCGAACCGCUUCCGCCACGUGUAAUGACACUAGCAGAAAGCCGAGAAUUUUUCCCGAAUAAUCCCCAUACGUGGCUAUGUGAUGGAAAACUAUUGAGGCUUUUGGAUCCCGAAGAUCCUACCAACUACGAAAUUUUUCAAGAACAAUGGAAAAGAGGUCAGCCAGUGAUGGUCAGUGACGUGGGUCAAAGGUUAAAUCCGGAACUGUGGAGUCCUAAUUCGUUUAUUCGCGACUUCGGUGAAUUUACCAACGAUUUGAUUGACUGUGCGACUGGUUUCCUAGUCGAGGGUAAGACAAUGAAACAGUUUUGGGAUGGUUUUGAGGACGAAAGCAAGCGACUUAAGGGUUUGGAUGGUAAACAAAUGUUGUUGAAACUAAAAGACUGGCCAGUUGGCACUGAUUUUGCGGAUACCUUACCGGAAAGCGUUUUCCGAUACAGAUUUGAUGAUUUAAUGAGAGUAUUGCCAUUAAAAGAAUAUACUCUGCGUGACGGAAGUCUUAAUCUGGCAGCUAGAUUACCGGCAUGUUUUGUGCGACCAGAUCUUGGACCAAAAAUGUACUCAGCUUACGGGAACAUUGGAAAUCGUGAUUCCGGCAAACAAUUUAUGAGUACAACUAAUCUACAUUUAGACGUAUCGGAUGCAGUUAAUGUAAUGGUGUAUGUGGCUAUUUCGCACAAAAGUGAGAAUCAAAACGACGAAGCUGAUCAUGAAUGGCACGUAAAGGAAGCGUAUCGGGCGAUUGACGAGGCUGGCUGUGACAUGGCAAGUAGAAGACGGGCCCGUGAGUCCAAAGAGUUGCCGGGUGCGGUGUGGCACAUUUAUCAUGCUAAGGACGCAGACUCGAUACGUGACCUGUUGAACAAAGUGAGCGCGGAACGCGGUGAACCAUUGGAACCCAACCACGACCCCAUCCACGACCAAUCAUCAUACUUGGACGCAGAUCUCAGGGCGCGGUUGUUGACUGAAUACGGUGUUCAGGGUUAUGCGGUGGUACAGUGUCUAGGUGAUGCCAUAUUUAUCCCGGCCGGAGCCCCGCACCAGGUGAGAAAUCUGCACAGCUGCAUCAAGGUAGCCGGUGACUUUGUAUCGCCUGAAAACGUGUCUCAGUGUUUUCGGCUAAUGAACGAGUUCCGAGAUUUGUCCAACAGCCACAGUAACCACGAGGAUAAGCUACAGAUCAAGAAUAUCAUGUUCCACGCGGUCAAGGACUCGAUUUCGGUAUUAUUGCACGAACAUUUGGAAGUACCGCAGGAACAACAAGAACCGGAACCGGAACCAGAAGAGGAGGUGGAGAAGUAAAUUUGUAUUGAUUAUUAUUUCUGUCAAUGGUAAUUUAUUAUUAUUUAAUUUUGACCUUAAUUAUUUUUUCUCA